UUGCGGCAGCUGCAAUCAUCUAGGCGUGGUUCUCUUGUCUGACUUGGGCUGCACAGAUCCUGGGCCAAAGAGCAGAGGAAGGACAGCUUAGGCAGCAGAGCCUUCCAGAUGGCUGAGUUAGAUCUGAUGGCUCCAGGGCCACUGCCCGGGAUCCCCGCUCACUCUCUGGCCACUCUCAGCUCAGACUCUGGGUCAGCAAGCCCAGCAGAAGAGGACACAGGCUCCCUGGGGAGCCCCCAGAGGGAGAUCGAGGGAGAGGGCACUAGCACUGCAUUGCAGGGGGGUCCUGGUGUCGAGGGAGAGGAAGAGAUCCUGUGUGACUUCUGCCUUGGGGCCAGCAGAGUGAGGGCGGUGAAGUCCUGCCUGACCUGCAUGGUGAACUACUGUGAGGAGCACCUGCGGCCACACCAGGAGAACAGCAAACUGCACAGCCACCAGCUGACAGAGCCAGUGAAGGACAGGGACUUGCGCACCUGCCUGGCCCACCACAGCCCACUGGUCGCCUUCUGCUGCUCCGACCGGCAGUGCAUUUGCCAGGAGUGUGGCCAGGGUGAGCACAGGGGCCACACCUCAGUCUCCCUGGAUGUUGCCCGCAGAGACAAGGAGGCUGAGCUUCAGGCCACCCAGUUAGACCUGGAGAGGAAACUGAAGCUGAAUGAAAACGCCAUCACCAGGCUCCAAGCUAACCAUAAAUCUGUUUUGGUGUCGGUGUCAGAGGUGAAGAUGGUGGCUGAGGAGCAGUUUGGGGAACUCCUUGCCACCAUGAGGAAGGCCCAGGCUGAUGUGAUGCUCUUCUUGGAGGAGAAGGAGCAAGCUGCUCUGAGCCAGGCCAAUGGCAUCAAGACCCACCUGGAGCACAGGACUGCAGAGAUGGAGAAGAGCAAGCAGGAGCUGGGGAGGAUUGCUUCCAUCAGUAACACUGUCUUGUUCCUUGAGGAGUAUUGCAAGUUUAAGAACACCGAGGAUAGCACCUCCCCUAGUGUUUACAUAGGACUCAAGGAUAAGCUCUCAGGCAUUCGCAAUGUCAUCAAAGACUCCACCGUGCACUUAAUCCAGUUGCUGCACAACUACAAGGAAAAGCUCCAGGAGUUUGCCAAGGAAGAGGAGUAUGACAUCAGAACUCAAGUAUCUGCCAUUGUUGAGCGCAAGUAUUGGACCUCAAAACCUGAGCCCAGCACCAGGCAACAGUUCCUCCAAUAUGCAUGUGACAUCAUGUUUGACCCUGACACAGCACACAGAUAUCUCCGGCUGCAGGAAGACAAUCGCAAGGUCACCAACACUACGCCCUGGGAGCAUCCCUACCCGGACCUCCCCAGCAGGUUUGUGCACUGGCGGCAGGUGCUGUCGCAACAGAGCCUGUAUCUGCACAGGUACUAUUUUGAGGUUGAGAUCUCUGGGGCAGGCACCUACAUUGGCCUGACCUGCAAAGGCAUUGACCGGAAAGGGGAGGAACGCAACAGUUGCAUUUCCGGAAACAACUUCUCCUGGAGUCUCCAUUGGAAUGGAAAGGAGUUCACAGCCUGGCACAGUGACACGGAAACCCCGAUCAAAGCCAAUCCUUUCCGGAGGCUGGGCAUCUACGUCAACUUCCCAGGAGGGAUCCUUUCUUUCUAUGGCGUGGAACCCGAUGCCAUGACUCUGGUUCACAAGUUUGACUGCAAGUUUUCAGAGCCAGUCUAUCCUGCCUUCUGGCUUUCUAAGAAGGAAAACAGCAUCCGAAUUGUGGAUCUGGGAGAGGAACCUGAAAAGCCAGUCCCCACCUCAGCGGAAGCUGCUCCGUAGGCUCUAGGAUCCAUAUUCCAGACUUUUGCUAACCACGAUGAUUGAGCUGCAGCUUGCAUUAAGGGUGACUUGGGGAUAGAAAUCUCUGCCAGUGGUAGCUGGUGUUAGAAAUCAUGCGGGUCUGUGGAGGAGAAUGGUGUCGCUUCUCCCUUUUGCUCCAUGCUGUGCUAUUCUCUGUGUUUGUAGUUAUCUUCAGGUGCCAAGUCCCCUUCAUUAUUUUUGAGUGAUAUUCUCUGUCUACUCAGGUGAACGGCACACUGUGCCCAGAAUUGGUAAUCAGGAAUCUUCAGAAAGAGCAAAAAAGAUCAUAGAGUAAUCAUAAUAAAUUGCUAACUUUAUUAUCCAUUUCCCAUAUCCCAGACACUGUUCUGAGUGCUUCUUAUGCAUCAAGUUACAUGACUCUCAUACAGUCUCAUGGGUAGAUGCUCAUAUCAUCCCCAAUUUGCGGGUGGGAAAACUGUUUGUUCAAGGGUUUAGUUAACUUGCUCAAGGUCACUGUGGUUACAUGGUGAGUGAGUGACAGAGCUGGGAUUUAAACUGGGAGGGCUGACAUUGAACAUUUAACCAAUAUACCAUGCUGCCUUCUUCUUUAGAUAUGGGUGCUGUGUUUAAUGGAAUAAACUACAUGAUGAACUGCACAAAUGGAAGGAAACAGCACCUUAAACCUUCCUCUCAGAGUUUGAAAAUCUCUUUGCAUUCUCCCACAUCUGAUAGGCUAUGCAGCUGUGCAGUGUCAGAAAACUCACUCAUUUUUUUUUGAGGGCGGGGCAGGGACAGCGAGAAUUAUAAGGAAUGUAUUAGUGGAGUCCAAGUCUUAGUCUUAUGACCUCUGGAGAAGGGUCUUAUUCCUCUCAUCUGAAGUCACCUGGACUAUGUGGACUUGUUUGAUUUCUCAUUCAAAGGACAGUUCUUCAAGUAUUUGAGGGUCGUUCUCACACAUGUCCUCCCAGGAAGUUUUUCACACUAUAUUUCCCACUUUUCUUGUUUUCACACUGCAUUUCCCACUUUACUUCAUGAUUUCCAGACCUUUCACCCCCCCUGAUCAUUUCAUCCUCCUUUUAACAGAUGUGCUCCAUAAGAUUAAUGGUGAAUGUUCAUCAAACUUUUAGGCAAAUGACAGCAUAACCUGAGAACAUAACCUGAAGCCCCUGUUGGAAAUAUAACUUCUCGUUCUUUUCUUGUGACUGUGUCAAGGCAAGUCUGUUUACCCAGGCUGUUGUUCUCCCUGGAAAAGAGAUGGAUGAAAACCAGAAAGCAUAACAUAAAUGUGAUAUUAUUUAUAAUAAAAAUACCUACUUGGUCUCUACCCCUGGUUCCUGGCACAGAGCUCCUGAAACCCUUGUAAUUUCCUAAAUGAUAAGAACACUAGGAGCAUCUUUUGUUCUAAUAUUUGUUUUGUCUUUGACCAGUCUGAUGUUCCUAUCUCAAGAGUACUUUACUUCAGUAUCGCUCGACUUGUUCCCAGAGACCCCAUCUUAUUAUUUGUACCUGAAGAUAUAUACAGUAUAGGAUUUGAAUUUUUAAAAAUUUGAAUUUUAUUGAACUUAUUUUUUUACUUGAAUUUUAAAUUUCAUCACAUUAUUACUGCUUGCUGAGUUAGUUUUGAUUCAUAAUUCUAUUUACAAUAUAUUAGCUCUCCUUCGCCUAGUAUCAACUACAGAAUUGUUAAUCUUUUCUUUUUAAGUCUUGAUUUUAUUGAUACAUAUAUUUAUUGGGAUAGGACCAAAUUCAAAAUCUUGCAGCACUCAGUCAAUAUGCUCUGGAUUUAGUUAUUCAAUAAAUUGUGCUAAUUGGUAGAACUGGACAAUAAUGUAGCCUGCCUUUUGCCCCUUUAACCAUUGGACUUGAAGAAGGACUUUUUCAAUGACAGGGAUCAAAAUAAGCUAUGUCUUCUUUCCUUGCUGUGUCUGUCUAAUAAUGCUUUUAAAAGAGAAAAUGAGGUACAUGAAAUAUAUUGAAUUGGCCUGCUUUGUUUAUAUUGAAUCCCUGUAGGUUGUUGGUGUGUGUCACGUUCUUUUCUAAAUGCUCACAAACUAUGUGAUAAACCAUUUUAGAAUUCUGUUGUGGGUUAACAUCAGAUUGACUAGUCUGUCGUUUCUAGAAUCUGCUAUAUUUUUUAAAAAUCAAGACAAUUUUCUUGUCCUUAUAUUCUAUCAUCCUCCCUAAUUUCUCAAAGAUUAAUACCUGGUUUUUGGUCAUAUUGGUAAAUUGUGUCUGUGUCAUGAGAUGUGAUUUGUUUAGGCCAGAAAUAUUUGACUCAUAUAAAAGGAACCCUUUGGAUGCUUCCUUACCUGCUGUGAACUUUGUUUCCCUGUCAGGUCUUUUUGUUUGUUUGCAGUUUCAAGACUUUUCUGCUUGAUAUAAAAUAUCAAAGCAAAAUUGAAUGUUAGGAAUAUUUGCCUUCUUUCUGUCAUUGCCUCAACUAAUAGGCACAUCUUUUUUCCGUUUUCUUGGUCCAAAAACUGAAAAUUGCCUAAAACAAAAAAAAUUAAAAUUUUUUUCAAAGAGAGAACAAAGGCCUAUUUUAUAUUCUCUGUCACUUCCCCCAAGCUGUCUGUGUGUCACUCUUCUGUGUUUACCCAUCUUUAUUUCUUCUUCAAUUUUUUUUCAUUUUGGAAAAAAAAUCUGAACUCAGCAAGAGCUCUUUUUGGUGCCAGAUUAUUUUGUUCCAUUACCAGACCACUUGUGAUUUUAGAGUCAAAAUGCAAUUUUAGCCACUACAUAAUUUAUUCUUGUGUCAAAUUUUUGAAAUCCAAAGGUAUAUGGCAUUCUCUUCUAGGAAUCUUACAAAUUCUACAUUUUAGAAUCUUACAAAUUCUACAAUGUAGGAGUAAAUUCCUACAUUCUCCCAAGAUUCACAAUGAAAUGAUGAAAUAUGAACACUGGCUCAGUCACAGAGCCUUCAUUCCUUCAACAUGGUUCAGCAUGUUUUUGGAAUGACUGUCCUCUAUUCAAUGUAUGUGGCAUUUAUAACAUGCAAGCCACUGUGCUAGUUGCUAAGUUAUAGUAAUCUAGAAGAUAACUAGCUGUGUCUUUUGAUCACAAGAAGUAGAUUUAAAUUGAAGCGAAAAGUGUUCAUAUGUGAAGAGUUAAAUAAGAAUCUACCAUUUAAGACAAUUAUAGAUGAGGAGGUACAUGAAAUUGAUUCUUCAUGUCCAUGCCGUGGUGCAAACUUCUAAUUUAACAUUUUCUUGGGCCAUGUUCAGUGACUGAGUUCUGUAUUGUGUCAUGGACUGACCUACUCCCUGGUUGCUCCCCAUUUCUAUAACUAACUGCCUUUAUUCCAGGGGCCACCACUCUGGGCCAAUUAACCUGAUAGAAGAUGGAAGGAAAAGUAGUGUGCACAUUUCUUGCUUCUCCUAGCUCCCUCAGAUUUGGGCACUGAAUCCCCACCCUCCAAGUCUGUUAUGAGACAUCAUGGUGGUGGCACAAGAGCCCUUGCAGGGAAUAUCUGAUAUCCACAUGCAGGGCACACACUGUGGAGGUAGAGUGACUGGCUGUCCAGACUUUGUUGGAAUAUGCUUAGUCUUUAUCUCUACUUCUGGUUUGCUCUGUAUUCUUGUAGAGAAAAUUCUACCACCGGCUGAAGGAAAAUGGCCAGGUACUGGAAAGGAAGAGGGGAACAGGUCAUCUAACAAGGACUGAGGGUCGUCAUAGCAGUGAUCAGUCAUUUGAGGUUAAAAAUUUCCCUCUAAAUUAAUGCCUUACAUAAUGGUUCUGAUGAUUACCUGAAAAGAGAUAUGUGUGUGUGUUUGUGUGUGUGUUUGUCUCAUAUAAAAAAAUCUUAAAAAAAUCCUACUAAGCUGGCCAUUUUCCUAUUUGGUGUCACAGCCUUUUCAAAUUAUAAUGUCUGCUCCAGAAGUUUACAUAAGAACUCUUGUUCUUUCUUCUGUACCAGUCAUGUCCCUCAGACCCGUCCUCUCUUCUUCCUGCUCUUCUUUCUUUGGUUCAAUCAGUUUAAAGCUUAAUUUUGAAAUUAAACUUUAUUUCCUCACAGGAUGCUCCAGGCUUUAUGCUGUGAAAUUAAGGCAGUGUGAUUGCCUUCAUGUGUCUGGUGGCUUCAUGUGUCUCUGCCCUGGCACACUGGCCUUCACUGCUGGAAGUGCUGGCAGGACCCAGAGAAGCCUGGGUGGGGUGGCACAUGUGGAGGGAGAUGGGGAUUGCCUUAGAGGUCCCGGGUACAGAGGUCCCGGGUACUCAGAAGCAGACUCCUCAUCUGUUUUAUCCAGCGCUCUCUAGGGAGUGGGGAAAACCAGGAUGACUGGUUCUGUGCAUGAGCUCAUUUGUCCUGUUAGUUGAUUAAAUCAAUUUUGAGUGAACAAUAAUCCCCAAAAUAUUGGAUCUGCUUGUUAGUAAGUUUGCUUACUCUUGAACAACCAGUGUUCCCAUUUGGCAAUAUUGUUCAUUUCAUUGUUCUCAUAUGUUCUUCAAUUUAGUUUUCUUUUUGUCAAAUAAAUUCUGUGCUUACCUCA